UUUUCAUUAUUAACCGAUUGGCGAUCCAUAUCAUCGGUUGAAAAUCUCGAAAAAUCGGUUGUUUUUUAUCCGAUAGUGAAAUAAAUUUAGUGGUGUCACACCGCACCGUUUUUAUGAAACAUCGUUGACGAUUCGUUGGUCUAAAACGAAAGAGCUAAUCAGAAGUGUUUUAACAGAAAUAUUGCACACCGCGCGGUUUUUAUUAAAACAUCGUUGACGAUUCGUCGGUCUAAAACGAAAGAGCGAAUCAGAAGCGUUAUAACAGAAACCGAUGUACAAAUUCAGCAUGGAGUCUGGUGGCAAGAAAAGAAAACUCAGUCUUUUAGACUUUGGCUUUAAAGCUAAAUCUGGCUCAGAUGAUGGUUCUGCGAACCUAAACACUAGUGAAGCAAUGGCAGUUGAUGUGACACCAUUGCAGAGCAACAUAGAUCAGCCGACAGUUUCAGGGAGUGAUAGCAACAUAGAUCAGCUGACAGUUUCAGGGAGUUAUAUGACAGAUACGGAUAAGCCUACCAGUUCGGAAAAAUCAUCAGAUUCUGGGAGUCAAGAAAAGCACAAGCCUUUUACUGAUGAUGAGUGUCUUACUUUGACACAGUCAUUAUUUGAAAGUUGUACCAACAAAGUUCACAGUCGAUAUUUAUGUCAACAAGCUUUCUGCAGCGAUAUUUCUGACUCUGAAAAGAAAAGACUUUCACCAAAAAAGUUUAAUCAUAGCAAGUUAACUGAUUAUUGGUGGCUGUCAUUUGUUGAGGGGCAGGGAAUGUACUGUAUAUUAUGUAAAAAGCAUAACUUAAAGCAUAAAUUAAACAAAAGAGAUGUUUUUGUUACCACACCUGCUACUAGAUUCUUGGAGGAUGCUCUUAAAGUUCAUGCUGCUUCUCAAAUGCACAAAUCAGCCAUUGAAACAGAAAUGGUUCAGAAAUUGUCAAUUUUUCAUACUGAAGUGUGUCACAAAAAGAAUGUUGAAUCGUCUUUAUAUGAAAAAGUUUUUUCCACUGUUUACUUUCUUAUGAAAAACUUUGUUUCAAAUAGGAAAUUGUUGCCAUUGUUAGAUAUGAUUGAAAAUGUCUUUGAGUAUGAGAAUUUAAGAUUUUUUAACCACAAGUCUGCUGGUUCACAAAGGGAUUUUUUUCUGUUACUUGGUGAUACAGUCAAGGAUAGUGUAAUAGAGAAAGCUCACAAGGCCCAAGCAUAUGGUUUGCUGACAGAUGAAGUAUCAGAUAUUAGCGUGACAGAACAUUUGAUUACAUUUAUUCAGUAUUUUGAUCAGGAGCUAGGCAGUGUGCAAACAUCAUUUCUUUCUUGUCAGAACAUUUUUGAACAUUAUUCUUCAGCAAAUGCCAAGGCCAUCUCUGAUCUUCUUCUUGAGUCAAUAAACACAAGUGGGCUUGAUCUUGGUAAAUUUACAGGAUUUUCCUCUGAUGGCGCAUCGGUAAUGGUUGGGAAAAAAGGAGGGGUUGCUACAUUACUUAGAGAGAAGUGCCCAACUCUUAUAAAUGUUCACUGUAUAUGUCAUAAACUCGCCCUUUCUUGUACAGACAGCAAUGAAGGCAUAAAGUAUGUGAAAGAAGUAGAACUUGUUCUAAGGCAGUUGUGGAACUAUUUUGAAAACUCACCCAAAAGAAUGGCAUGUUAUCUUAAGGUACAGAUGGAACUUAAAGGAUUAAAUUUGAGUAAAGGUGCAUCUAAGAAAGUUGCUUCACGCUUGAAGAAAGCCUGUAGGACCAGGUGGUUAAGUCUUGAUUCUUCUGUUACAGCAGUCUACAAUGACUAUGAAGCUUUAUUACAAACUUUAGAUCUUGCUAAAACUGAAGAUGCUAUUGCUUUGGGACUUUCUAAGAAAAUAAGAAACAUAAAAUUUCUUGGUGUUAUUUACAUUCUGAGACAUAUACUUCCUGUGUUGUCACAUCUGUCAAGAGUUUUCCAGAGUAGCUCUUUCAAUUUUUCUGCCAUUAUCCCUGAAGUCAAUAGUGCAAAAGACAAACUUGAUAGUAUUCUUCAAGAAGAAACACCAAUUACGGCUUUGCAAAGUGAUAUAGACUCAAUUAAUAACAUCAGUGCUGAACUCUCUUUGAACUCAAAAGCCAUGAAUGAAAUUCAGUCUUUAUUCAAAAAUUACAUUGCUGCUUUGAAAAACAAUAUUGACCAAAGGUUUACUGAUACUUCAGAAAUCAUAACCUCAUUUAGUAUUUUUGAUAUCCAGGGUAUUCCAAAUGAUACAGCACAGUUUAAGGAAUAUGGUAAUAGAGAAGUACAGAUACUUGCUAGACAUUUCUACAGAGGAGAAAAUGGAGAAGAAUUGUCUGAUCAGCUUAAAACAGAGUGGAAUGGAAUGAAAUACCAUCUUAGGGAUAUUUUAAAACCAAAAUUUCCACAUAACUCUACAUCCAAGAUGACAAGCACAGAGAGGUGUUUAAUACAACUGCUAUCUGUCCCUAUUUAUAAGCAGUUCUUCCCCAAGUUAACAUUUAUUGCUGAAGUUGCAGCUUCACUUCCUGUCACAAAUGCCUGGCCGGAGAGAGGAGCAAGUUCUUUAAAAAAUAUUAAAACUAUACACAGGAAUAGAAUAUCCAAUGACAUGUUAGAAGCUUUGUUACAGGUGACUAUAAAUGGGCCAAGAUGCGAGGAUUCUGGUGACAUUGUUAAGCAGGCAGUUUCGAAAUGGCUCAGUAUUAAAAAUAGAAAAAAAUUAGCAGAACCUUUGUCAGUGAAAAAGAAAAUAGGUUCAGCUACUCCUUCUACUAGUGACACUUGUGUUCAAACAGACCCUGUCAUGUUAUAAGAUCAGGAAGAAUUGAGGGAAGAGAUCAAAGCAGCUAUUAAGACAUUUAAUUUAGAGGAUGAUUCAGAUUCUAGCAGCAGUGCCAGUUACAGUGAUAGUGACUCUGACUAGUCUCUUGCGAGAUGUAAAUAAAAUGUGAAGUUCUCAUCAGGUAAACUUAAUUUUAAUAAAAAAAAUAAUAUUGUUUUCUUCUCUUGUCUUAUUUCCUUUUUGUCAAUCAUGAAUUUCAGCCAGAGCACUGAUAUCUAUUAGCCAAAGUUGCAUAUUCAUUUUUUUCUCGGGGGGCUUCGCCCCCCUGAACCCCCUACCAGGCGUUGCCCUGGACCCACGGGGGGCCUAGGCGGCCCCCUAGACCCCCGGCCUAAUCUGUUGCUUUAUUAAAAAAAUCGGUUGUUUCAGAUAAUAAUGAAA